AUGCGGUGGCUGACGGCGAUUCUGACGGCGCUGGCGUGCGCGCCGCCUCGCUCCACCACCGCCACGGACAUGGCAUUCAUCCCGCUGACUAAAGAGUUUCUCGACAAACUCAGCAAUGAAACCAUCUACAAUCGUUUCGCCACGCCGACUCAGUACGACGGUAAGCCUUGAACUUUUGGGAAAGUUAUAAAAACUUUUAUGAGCCCCUUCUGGUUUCCCUUCAGAAAAAUUUGUCUGUCUUUUUUAUGAGAAUCCAUACAACUUCAAGCGCGAAUAUGAAUCAGUCUUUUGGUUUUUUUUUUUAAAUAAAAAAAAAUUUUCCUCUUUGCUUUAUUGAAAUUUUUUUAGUUGAAAAAACACUGGGAAUAGCUUCCAAAGAACAUUUUUCUUUUGCUGGAAACUUGAGACGGUUUUUGAAAAUAAGAACUAGAAAAUUACUUUUUUUGAAAAAAAGUAUAAAACAACGACUUUUCGGGGAACUGAAUUAGUUAAUAAUAAGAACCCGUAAUCCACUACGAUUUGGAAUACUACAUAGGCUUCCGUACAGAUUUACCAAAAAAAAACUGAUUCCACAGUUUCAACAAAACGUUUCUGAACUAUUUAACUUGAAAAAAACUAUUUUCAAGAGAAGAUCCAAGAUUCUUCUGACCGACCUCAAACGAAUUACGCUUAUAGUACCGCUUCACAAUGCUGUUGCGCCAAAAUUUUAAAAAUUGAACUCUCUCAAAGUACUUUGAUAAAUCAUCUUAACAUUACUUUUCUUCCCAGUUUUCAAUAUUCUCCUUUUUCAAAAUUGAAGAUGGCGGUGUAAAAAAAACAAAUGGAUGCUAGAGGUUUAGGAACAAAUUUCAUAUUUAUCCUUCGAUAUUACCUUUUUAAUCCGUCUCAAAAUUUUAAGUCGCCUAACAUUCCCAGACCCCACUUAUAAAUGGUGAUGACUAGUUCAGUCACUGUGUUGUCAGUGUUUGUAGCUUCUCUUUUGCCGUUCUCCCUGUUGGAAAAGUCGGCGGCUUUUCCUAGGUAGAGACGCUUCUAUUCCUAUUAUUUCGAUAAUUAUUUCCAGUGCUAACGUUGCCGCAUUUUUAGAAUACGUACGAGUUCAUGGAAAAGGUAUGCAGAGAGUGACUUCGCUUCUAACUCUGCUCUUUUCUAUAUCUGUUCUAUCAUCGCAUGCCACUGUCUUCCAACGUUUCCUACUCCGCUUUCUUUCGAUGGCACUAACAGCAUAGCUUUAGUUCAAAUAGUGCUGCAGAGAUGUAAUUUUCUCAGAACUUGUAACGCUUCAAAUUCGCGUUAACACCGCACUAUCCAGUUUGAUUACUGAAGCUAACUCAAGAGUGUUCUGACUUCACAAUAAAAGCAAAAAAUCAUUUAUUCACAAGACCCACUACCACUCAUUCAAGCUGUUAGUAUGCCGGUACGGAGCAUGCUCUUAUGGAAAAGUCAGGCACAAUGGGCUUAGAGUGCACUUCAUAAAAGCAUACCAACUGCGUUCAUAUGAAAGCUAUAUGUUGCUCCACCGCUUCAGUCACUUCAUUAAAAAAUUGUUGCUAGAGUUCGUAGCUGUACCGGUCUACUAAUAGUCGGUAAAUGUUGAUACAUUAGCGAACAUAAAGAUAUGCCUAUGUUAAUUUAUGUUGGAUCAUAACUUCAGAUAUUUUUGAUUCACUUUCUUGGUGAAUGUAUUGCCUACAGCCGGUUCAAGACAGCUUGAUUAGAUAUAUAUACAUCAUUUUAUUUGCGGUUGGGGAUUCUCUGAAAAUCUGCCCAAACACUCCUUGUUGUACCAGAUGAAGAUUCUGAAAGUAUCAACUUGCGCAACUUUCUAGUUUCCGAUAAAUACGGGCCAAAAGCCCAAAAUAGCCUAUUUAAUCGUUUUUUUUUUUGACUUCGAGUCGGCUUUUCUCAAAUCGAGGAAUUUGUGCAGGUUGAGUCUUUCAGAAACUAUUUCUGGUACAUCUAGGAGCGUUUAGACCAGUUUUCUGAAAAAUCCCGAAUGCAAAGUAAAAUGACCUCCGUUGUCAGGUACCUUACAAAGAAGCUCAUUUCACUCUGUGUGGGAUUUUGCAAAAAGUGGUUACUAUUUGACGCGUGAGAUGAAGAUUUUAGUCUCCACCUUCCUAUUUUUCCUGAACCAAAGUCAAAAAAGUUUUUUCAGUCCAGAAAAGUUAAACUUGGAACGCUCUUUUUCAAAAGUCUAAAUGCAUUCGAAAAUGUCUGGAACAACCACCAAGUGAAAAGAACUUCUUCGUGAUAGACAGCUGUAAAAUAUCUUAUUUGACAGCAUCUACUACCUACAAGAACGAAAAGCUGUAUUGAAUCGGACGAAAAUCAUCAAAACGUUUGCCAGAAGUGAAGAGUGAAUUGAAAAUAACCUGUGUCUAUCUUUAUGUUAGUUACUGUAGAAAUAGAUUGGAUAAAAUUUUCAGAUUCUAUGUUUUGUUUAAGGUAUUCCGACCAACGUGACUUUGUCGAUGUUCAUCGAGGGCAUGAGUUCGUUCAGUAAGUGUCUUGAAAUCAAAAUAAAAGAUGAACUGUGUUGAAUAGGCGCCCAAACGAUGGACUACCACUUGGACGUCUAUUUCCAAGAAGAAUGGUACGAUCAUCGUUUGGCUCACAACGACACGGCGCCGAUUCUCGUCAGAGACUUGAAAGUCUUCCACAUGAUGUGGCAUCCAGAUGUGUAUUUUGCAAACGCAAGAUCAGCUUCAUUUCAGGUUCUUUUCAGCCAUAGUAUAUUCUUAAAUGCUGAGCCGAGAAAAAUUGGACCUCAUUUGAGCUUUUUUUGGAAUUUUGCUGCAUCGCACUCGAUUUAAAAAAAAUACUGAAUGCAACUUUGUGGAGGAACUUUUUGUUUAAUUCCAAGUAUAGCCUGUGUACCGCGACUUGGAACUUUACCAAACGACAUUCCGCUGUGCCGCUGCGCGCCUUUGCGAACCUUGGUCGCGCUUUCAAUUUUUUUUUCUUUCAUUAAGGUACCCUACUUUCAUGUGCUCCCACAGCAAUAACAAUCAAUCGAAAGCGCGGCCUAGAUUCGAAAGACGCUUCGCGGACGCACGCAACGGAACAGCGGAAUGUCGUUCCGUGAAAUUUCAAGUCGUGGCAAACAGACUAUAUCUUAGUUUAUAAAUCAACCAAGUUUCAUCAAAAGUUUAACCGAAGGCUUCUUGUGUUAUAUUAAGCUUUUCUACUCAAAAAACAAGGUUUUCAGGACAUAACGGAUGACAAUUUCCUUGUAUGGGUAUAUCCUAACGGACGUGUAUGGUACGAUGCUAGAAUUUCAAUAGUAAGUUGAUUGUGUUUUGGUCGAUGGAAGUACAUUUUUCGGUUAUUGGCUCAUUUGGAAACCGUUCUGAUAUUUUUGAAGCCCUUUUCAAGCUUGAAAUGCUCUCCGCCGAUCUAACCAUUUUUGAAAAAAAACAUCAGAUAUGCUAGGUCUAUGAUUUUAUAGAACAUGUUUUUGGAUUCAUAUGAUAUCAAUUGCAUUCGCAUUAGUCAGAAACACCCUAUGAGGAAAUUCAUUUCAGGUUAGCUCCUGCAACAUGGAUUUGUGGAAAUAUCCGCUCGAUUCUCAGGAAUGUGCUCUUCGAAUCCUUUCCUGUUAGUACUGACGAAUCGGAAAUCUAAUUACUAGUGUAACUUCUAGACGCCUAUCCAAUGACAGUGUUGCGGCUCUUGUGGUCUGAAAAACCCGACGUUCCAGCUAUCGAUCGAAAUCCAGACAUUACGAUGCCAGACAUGUCUUUGAAAAGCAUCCGGACGGGAUACUGCAAUGGGACCUAUGCAACUGGUACGAAGGGGGAAUUCUGGAAAAUUUGAAAAAUUCUAACCAAAAAUGGCCAGUUUUCUACAGUAAUCCUCAGAAAUGUGUGUGAUGAGAUGAAGUGAAAUAAAAGAAAAAUGUUAAGUUUAUUUCAUCUACUAGAUAUCUCUUCUAAUUUCAAGGAAUCUAUAUGAAAAUUAAAAUGUAGCUGUUAAUAUAAAUUGAAUAUCAGGUCUCCAGAUUUUUUUAUACAGUACCGUCAGAAAAUAUAGGGGAAAAUGCAACUUUGGUGAGGGAUUAAAUCUUCCUGGGAGUUUCUGAAGCUGGGAUUUCUUUCAUAUGUUCUUAAACUACAUCAGAGUGUUAAAACUAGCAGUCAUCCCAACUCCAGGAAGAUUCAGAAAGAUUGAAUUCCUUAAGAAAGUUGUGACCGAAACUUCGUUUUUCAAGUUUUUUCAGACGGUACUGUAUCUUCACAGAAUAUUCUUAAUAUUUUCCUAAUCUUCUCAAAGAAGCAAUUUUCUCAACUUUUUUCCAUAGGAACGUGGAGCUGUAUGACCGCAAUAUUCUACGUGGAACGUGAGAUGAUGCAUCACGUGAUGCAGACCUACGUCCCGACCGCCUUGAUUGUUGUCAUCUCUUGGUGAACAUCUUCAAAACUAGUCAACUCAAAAAAAAAUAUUUCCAGGUUCAAUUUCUGGUUGGAGAUUGACUCGGCGCCAGCUCGAGUGUCUCUCAGUAUCACCACUUUGCUCACGAUUUCCACUCAAGCGAACGCCGUCAAACUAGCCUUGCCUGAAGGUUUAGAGCUUUUUUUUUGCUGGAGAUCAUGGAGACGAGAUUUUCAGUGAGCUACAUGAAAGCAAUCGACGUGUGGAUGGGGUCAUGCAUGGUGAAAAAGAUGAUCCAGUUGAAAGAAAUCAUUCCUGUUUCAGGCGUUCGUUUUCGGAGUAAUGAUAGAGUUUACGAUAUGCCACUACGCCAAGAACCUGGAGAUGUUGCGAGGAGACGCGCAGCCGUCGUUGAUCGUCGACACGGCGCUUUCGACUCUUUUCGGCGCUGCUCGGGACAUCGACGACCUGGUGCGCAAAGUGGCUACGCUUGUAUGUUGCUUGUGCUUGCCCGCCUCACCAACAUUAUUUUUUUUUGUGUCCAUGUAAAUUGAGAUCCGAUUUUGGAGUUAAUUGAACCUGCUCUUGUAGGAUGUAAUAUAAUUAUUGCAUCACAAACUAUAGUGCGAAUGAAAGCUGAAUUUUGAAGAUCAUUAUUUUCAAAUUUUAAUAUAUUACAGCCGACGACUGGAAUCUGCAACAAGUCAGUAUACUGAAAAAAACUUUUUAAAUUUCAAAAGUCUCUUUGAAAAAAAUCGAUACAACUUUAUUUUUCAAUGAAAAAAAUAACUAUUAUUUUUUUAUAGAAGAACAAUUUUUAAAACACUAGUUUUCUGAAUUCCCACUUCAAAUUUAGAUAAUUAAACGUAAACCAAAUUCUUCUGAAUCUGAAAAUACUCUUUCUUCGUAGGGUAAAAUUUCAGACUUUGUUUACAUGGAUCCAACUUUUUUUCGGUUUCAAUAACUUUUUGUCAUGUUACACACGACUUACUCACUAACACGCAAACUGGCGCCUAACACAUUUUUUUAAAUUAGUCAUUUCAAAUUUCUGCGCACCUUUAACAUCUGAUAUAAUUGGCACAGCUUCACACUUUUCCGUUCUGUUCGAUUUCAGAUUGAAGAUCCAGAAAUUGGGGUUGGUUGAUGAUUUCUUUUGAUUUUUGGCAUGAAAGUCUCUAACUCCUCCUAACUGUCACUCUUUCAACUAUGAAAAGAAUCAAUGCAAUUAGCAUGUGCAAACUUUUUUCAUGCUUCAGCCGCAUGUGAGCAUCUAAUUUCGCUUUCUGACCAAUUGUCGAAUAGAAAUGAAAGUUUAAAACUGGAUUUAGAACGAGGAAGGAGUAGCUAUCCGAGCAGAUGGUAGUGAGCAACACAUUGCUCUGAAUAUGUUGAGCCCGGAAGUAAAUGAGCCUCGGCUCAGGUCUCUUCACGCCGAUAUCACUUCUAACGGCGCAAGGUUUGUCAAAUAACUGUUUGGUGGAUAAUUCCAAGGGAAGUCAAAAGUAAAGACACUUUAUUGUCAGAACAAGGCAAAUAAAUAGAGUACAGUUUGGGAAAAAAAAAUGAAAUCACAUUGGACAGACAACAGCUAAAAAUAAAGUUCAUAUGUUGCCCUAGCGAGCAAGGUUUCGGCUUACCUUUUUUCCGAUUCAUUUUUGAGGCAUACUGAGAAUAUCAAGAAUAGAAUUUGCUCACAGAAUGAAGAGAAAAACUUUCAGAUACUUCGUGGGAUCGGACCGAAUGAAGCGAAAAAGAUCCAAAGCGUCUCUUUCUCGAAUCCGACAGCAGGUAGCGAGUAUGCGGCACGCAGUGAGUGGCUUGCAACAUUUUCUGGGAUUCGAGUUUUUGAGAAAACUUUUCAAACUUUUUUCUCUGCUUUGGACAGAUAUUAUUUUCUAAGCGACUUGUGGAAAAUUUAACGAAGAAUCUCAUUUUUCAGUUAAGAUGGAGUGAUUUAUUCAUUUUUUCUAUUUUCAUCAUUUUGCAUGUUACUUUUUCAAAGUGUGUCUAUCAGAAUGAUGCAAAAAAAUUUCAAAUCGUCAUUUUUUAUUGUUGCCUGAGUGUUUUUCUUCAGUUGGAGACCUUCUUUUGCUCCGAUACUCAGUUUUUCAUUUCAAAUAUUUUCAAAUGUUUCUCAACUUCCUAAAAUUGAAAAAGCUGAAAUAAUUCAGACUGUCGACGUAUCACGAAGGGCUUUUAAUUGGACCCGCGCAUUGAGAAAUCUCAGAGGAAGGCGCGUCGCCCAAAGGAUCGACGAGAGGUCACGAAAUUUACCUUUCCCCUUGUUCACUGUUUCAAUCUUUAUCUAUAAAGAAGAGAACGAGAAUUACUUCCAGGUGUCGCAUCGUCUUCCCAGUGGUCUUCACUUUCUUCAACAUUGCCUACUGGAGCUUCUACUUGUGGUUCAACUAG